GAGGACGACAAAUCUGUAAACCACACUCACAUUUUCAAAUACAACCAAGACCCUUACCUGGCAAUUGAGGGUAACAAAUUUGGGGACAUUCUGAGUUCUGGAGUCCUAUCAGUGUAUUACGGUGAUCACCACUAAACUUAAAUAAUGGCUUCUCUAAGGUUAAGACAAUUAGCAGUAUUUUUGCUCAUCUGGGUUGUUUAUGCUUCCACCUAUUUGAUGAGGAAGCCAUUGGGUGUGAUCAAGCACCUGAUGGCGCAGGACAUGCACUUGACCAAGGUGCAACUGGGCUGGAUGGACACGGCAAUGCUUUUGCCCUACGCCGUGCUUCAGGUGGUCUUUGGACCAGUUGGAGACCAACUCGGCCCCAGAAAGACUGUUGGCAUCUGUCUCUUCAUCACUGGGCUGAGUCUUUUGACGUUCAGCUCUUGGGACAACUACUACAUGCUGCUUGUGCUGUUGUUCAUCAGUGGAGCGGGACAAGCACCCUGCUGGCCGGCCUGUUGCAAAUGCUUGUCAGCCUGGUUUCCAGAUGACGCUCUCAACACAGCCUUCGGAGUGAUGUCGACGUCUGCAUUUGGAGGGAGCAUAAUUGCCUCAGCCUCUGCGGUCUACCUGCAGAAGAUGUAUGGCUGGCGUUACGUCUACUUCAUGCCGUCAUUCCUCGUCCUCUUUUUGUCAAUUUGCGCUUGGCUCUUUAUGAGGCUUCCUUCUGAACUGCGCAUCACGAUCCCUGGCAAGGAAGAUAAGACAAAGAAGGCCCAGCAUGCUAGCCAAAGUCUCUUCGAGCUGUGGCGCAUCCCGUCCGUGUCCGAAAUGGCCACGGCCAUGAUGUGUCUCAAGCUUGUGCGCUACUCCAUGUAUUUGUGGCUCCCCAUUUACCUGUCGCAGUCGCUCAACUAUUCACCAGAUCAAGCAGGCCUCUUUUCUGUCAUAUUUGACGUUGGCGCGGUCAUCGGCAGCACCAUCCUAGGUUACAUCGUGGACAAGUACUGGCCGAGACACCCGCUUGUGCCGAUUCUCAUGUCUGGAUUCGUCGGCAUUGUGUCCUUUGUUUUCUUCACCUGGACUGCACGCUGGGGCAUGAGCUACAACAUGAUUUUCAUGGUCGCUGCUGGAGCCGGCGUUUGCGCCCCUGACGCCCUCCUGGGUGGCUCUGUGUCCAUGUCCAUUGGUGAGGCGGACGGGAGAAAUGCCGGCGCCUCCGUGACUGGUCUGAUUAAUGGGUUUGGAAGCUUGGGCGCCGUCGUUGAAGGUCCGCUUGUCGGGCUGAUAACCGAAUGGUUUGGCUGGAACGCUAUGUUCCUCUUGAUUAUAGUGCUCUCCACUUUUGGAUCGAUGUGCGUUUUCAAAGCCAUCAUGAUACAGAAAAAGCAAAUGCGUAGUAGACAGUCGUUGCUAGAUGUUGAUAUUUAAGCUGGAGAUAUUGUAUUUUGACUGUCUAGCGUAGAACAAAGCACAAAGUCGUUGUUGUUUAAUUUAUCAAGUAAAAAAUAUUCCAAUAACAGAUCUCCAUUAGCGUUUUAUCAUUUGACAAUGUUACUUUGAUGGAUGAGCAUUAAUUGUAGUAUGAACUCCUUGCUUAACUUACUCUUGAGACUUAAUAAAUGAUAUCUACUGAGGAAA